GAGAGAGCCGGCAGGGGGAGGGAAGAGGCCGCAGAAGCCCGAGCCUUGACCGACGGGCAGGCGGGGGCUGCGGCGACGCCGCGCCGGCGCCCCCCAUGCGCCAGGCGGCCGGACGGCGGCGUCGGGGGGCGCCAUGGCUUCGGCGGCGGCGGGCGAAGCGGAAGAGACCACCCGGCUGCGCAAGCCGCGCUUCUCGUUCGAAGAGAACCAGAUCCUGAUCCGUGAGGUGCGCGCCCACUACCCGCAGCUGUACGGCGCUCAGAGCCGUCGGGUGAGCGUGGCCGAGCGCCGGCGUGUGUGGGACGGCAUCGCCGCGAAAAUCAACAGCAUCACCAGCUGGAAGCGCACCGGCCAGGAGGUACAGAAGCGCUGGAACGACUUCAAGCGCCGCACCAAGGAGAAGCUGGCCCGCGUGCCGCACUCCACGCAGGGCGCUGGGCCUGCCGCCGAGGACGCCUUCUCCGCCGAGGAGGAGACCAUUUUUGCCAUCCUGGGGCCGGGUGUGGCGGGGCCGGGAGCUGGUGCAGCGGCCGAGCAGCCCUCCGCGGCCGCUUCCUCACAGCCACCGGCCCCAAGCGCCUGCGCCCAGCGCUACGUGUUUUCUGAGGACCGCAGGGAGGACCGACGGGCCGAUACACCGGCCAACAGCAAGGGGGGCUCCAGCAGCCCAGAGCCUUGGGCCAGACCCUCCUGCAAUCCCCAGGAAGGGGGCUGCCAGCCACCCAAGGAGCGUGAGUCCCCGCCCCCUCCAGCCCUGCAGACGGUCCAGCUGCCCCGCCUGGCCUUGUCUUCACCAGCCCCAGCCCCUCCACCACCACCACCACCCCAGCCACCGCAGCAGGUCCAAGUGGCACCCACGCCCCCCAGCCCCCCACCCCCUCCGCUGCCUCCGGCCUCGGCCCCAGACCCCUCCCUGGACUUCCUGCGGGCCCAGCAGGAGACUGCCAACGCUAUCCGGGAGCUGGCCGGCACCCUUCGCCAGGGACUGGCCAAACUGAGCGAGGCCCUCAGCGCUCUGCUGCCUCUUCUGCCCGGAACCCCCGCUGACCCGCUGCCCCCGCCUCCGCCGGCACCCCCCAGGCCCGUCUUGCCCCAACCCUCCCCCAAGGUGGAGGUCACCCCGGAGCCUGUGUCCGUGGUGGCUGCUGUCGUGGACCGGGCUGCGGUGGCAGCCAGGGGGGUCAUCAUCGCCCCCAGGAGCGAGGAGGGGGCCCCCCGGCCAGCCCCCGCCCCACUCCCUCCCCAUGAUUCCCCCCCACACAAAAGGAGGAAAAGUUUCCCUGCACGGAAGAGGCGGGGGCGGUGGAAAUCUCCGUGAAAGCUGCUGCGGGGUUCCAGCUUGUCUGCGCACCUUCUGCCUGCACCUCCUCCCCGCAGCUCAGCCCAGUGGAGGAGGGCGAUGCACCUUCCCCACCCCAGCUGCACCCCGGCUCCCCGCUGCAGGGCCACAAGCACCCCACUCCCUGUACUAGUGAGUGCCUGAUUCUGGGGGUCCUCCUUAAUGGGCCCCCCAGCCCUUUCUCCAGUACAGUGCUCUCUGCCUGGCUGCUUCCCUUCACCCUGACUUCUAAGCCAUGGAUUUUGUUAUUUAUUACCACCCUUUGUGGGUGGCGGAGGAAACCUGCACAGCCCCCCUCCCCUAACAGCUCCUGGCCUUGACUUGAAGACCGUUGACCCACCUCCCAACCCAGACUUUGGAGGGGGUGGGGGUUGCAAGACAAAUCAGGAUAUGGUUGAAGAGGCCACUGCAGUCUGUACCCUAGGGAGAGGGGCGUGGAGUUCUCACUGGGGAGAUGUAGGUGGAGGCUUCUCCCUCCUAUUGCAGUCUCUGACCUCCAGAGCUCGACCCCCUCCGUUCUCCCCAGUGGUAACAAGAUAUCAAUAAACUUAUU